UGACCUUGUUCCUAUCCAUGUCACAAAGAAGAGACUGAGGUUCAAAAGGCCAAGUGAUUUUCUCAUGGUCACACAGAUACAAGGGACCUAGCUAAUGGUCUCCAAUGUUUCAUCCCACUGCUCCUGCAAGUUGGUUAGUGCCUCCAGGUAAUGAUAUGAGUGCAGUGUGGAUUGGGGGGGGUGGGCUCAGGACACCCCCCCCCAUGGAAAACCAGCUCUGGCAUGACACCCUGGGGUUCUGCAAUCAAUACCAAGAAAGCCCCCAGGAUGCUGAGGACAUCUUAUUCUUGCUGCUGGGCCUCAUCAUUCUUGUCAACAUUAGCAUCAACAUGGCAACUGUGAUGUGGAAAGGGCUCCAGAAUGUCUUAGACAAGAUGGUCUAUUGGAUUAACCAGAAAAAUGAAGUCCAGGCUAGUGAAUGUUUCCCUAAAGAUCCUCCAGACAAGGCCCAAGAUGUCCACAUCCACUGCGUCCUGGACCCUGUACAAGUGAAGCUGGCCCGACCCACACACUUCUCCUCUUCCUCCUGCCACUAUCUUCUCAACUGUCACAGUCGCCGCCACCGCCACCGCCGCUACCACCAGCAAAAGCCACAGAACCACAAACGAUUCCCCAAGGGCUGCCCAAUCUUUCAUAACCAACCCUAUGGCUACAAGAUGUCACCACCACGGCCCGUGCCCUUUUUUGACCUAGAAGACCAGGACCCCUCCCUGGAGGAGUUAGAAGACCCAUCUUUCCCAAUUCUCAAGUACCCACGUCAGGGCAAGGGUGGGGUCUAUCAGCGAAUGGAUGUACCCUCCAUUGUGGGCCUGUGGGGGCGCCAGGGUGGAAUUUUGGCCAGCUUGCCACCACCCUCUCUCUACUUGUCACCUGAGCUGCGUCGCUUGCCCAAGCACGUAAAGGCCAAGUCAGAACUGAGGCUGCAGUCCUGUGGGUCCCAAGGCUCACAAUCCCAAAUUUACAGCAAUGUGGAGACCAAGCAGUGUACCCACUCCCUACUACCUACUCGUUGGCUGCCUCCUAACUCCUCCUGGGUCCCUGGGGGACAGAGCCCUUUCUCUUCAAAGGUCCGUGUACUUCGUGACACCUGGAAUCAGCACCAGUGUGGUGUGGAGAGCUCUGAGCCCCCACCUUCCUUGAUGUCCAGAAAUGCCCAGCAAGAGACCCAAGCUUGCCAGGAGCACUGCUCCCCACAGUCCCAGGGAUGGAGCCUCCUUGGCCAUGUUCACACCCAGCCCAACUGUAGCCCACAUCCAUCGAUGGGACACUCAGGUUUUGGAUCCCGGGAUGCUCACGAGAUACGGGGCCGGGUGGCUGACUGGGCUGAGGCUUUGCCAGGGCGGCAUCCUCUAACCACCUCUACUUCCCUCACGGUGUUGGGUGAAGCCUUGUACCAACGAGCCCCAGCUGCCAGCUCAGCCUUGCAUCCUCCCUCCUCCCAGCCCCUGCCUGAAGUUGGCCAGGCUGUUGAUCCCACCCCACCCUCAAUCACCUUUGUCCCACUCAGACGGAAUCCAGGGGGCAAUACCAGCUACCAGGUGUAUGACAGCCUGGAGCUGAAGAGGCAGGUACAGGAGAGCAGAAUGAGGGCCAACUCAUUGCCACCACCUUCCACCUCAACUUCCAUGCCUUCUCUACACAGGAACCGGGCUGGGAAAUGUAACUGACUAGCAAGUGAAAGUGGGUGGUAGGACAAGGUAUGGAGAGAGGAAUAAAGAGAAAUGGAGGCCAUUGUGGUAGUCUUUGUUUUGGA